CGUGGCAUCAAAUCCGUUCGUUAUUUUCGAAAUCCAGCGAAGGUGUACAUUCCUCUUUUCGUGUGACAAGGUAACAAAGAAAAAGAAGGAUGGAAAAAGGAAAAAAAAAGUGGGGCUAUAUCUACAGUCGCCCGCGCGACGAGGAGUACAGUAUCGUGUUGGUUUCUGAAUCAGUGCGUAAGGGGAUCAAAGGGAGAAGUGGAGGUCGCGUAAGGGGGGACCGAGAGGCGAAUCAGAGCGAGCGGGAAUAAAGCGCGGGACAUUCGACGAGCAGACACGAUGGAAAUAGGCGAACGAGUAAGCUGUAAAGCAGCAUAUCUGUGCAGGUGGAUUAUUUACGAUGCAGAGCAGCUAAGUAAAGUGGGAACACUGAGAGAGAGAAGCAGCAAGGAGGAGGAGAGACAGGAACGACGGAACACAUGUGCGGAAAUGAGGGUGACAGGGAUUACACAGAACUGUAGCAUUUGGUCGAGAACGAGGGGCAUACGCAGAGGUGGGAUAUAUGGCGCUAAGGGAGAAGGGGACAACGAGGGCCAGGCAGAAUGAGUCGAUCCAACAGAGGCGAUACGAUAUUCGGUAGAGUCAAAAAAACGAGAGGUGCGAAGAGAGGAAGACGUAAUAGGGUGGGGUGGGAUUCGCAUUGUUCUCCAAACACAACCAGGGCCGCUAGCCGCGGGUGAAAGGGUAAGGAAUGAACGCAGACACAACAUAUGCAGGACAAAAGAAAAGCGAUUAAGGUUGGGUAGAUCGACAGGUGAGAUCCAUGCGGCACUGAGUCGUCUCGGCGCGCAUCACUCGGUAUCGGGAUCGCCGUUGACGGCUCUCAGAGGCGGAUGCGCCGUGAGUGUGAGAGGUGCCGCUGUCGUUGUCACUGUCACCGCCGGCGCCGGCGCUGUGCGAGUAUCAAUCGCGCUGUAUGCGGGUGGUGGAUCUCGCGCGAUCUCUC